AUGGAUCCUAUGGACAGCCAGGAGUCACUCGAAGAGACUGUAAUUCCACCUCCAAUCUAUUCCACUGAACCUGUGGACUUAACUACAAGUGAUACUGAACCCAACCCUGUGUUGUCCCCCUCCAAUCGUCGACGAUCUAGAGAAAGAAGUAAAAGUAUUUCGAAAACUAGGUUGGAAGUUUUUGGUUCUUCCAAAAAUAUGGGUGAGACAGGAGAUAAUUUGGAAAACAAUGAGGAUUUCGAUAUUGAGGAUGAAAGCCUCAUGGAACGUAUACUCGGUCUCACUGAGAUGUUUCCAGAAACAGUUCGUCACGGUUUUUCUGCCCUUUUCAAUGUGGCUUCUGGAGGUAUUGAAUCAGCAUACUCCAUCAGCAGAUCGGUGACGUGGUUCGUGGCCAGCACUGCAACUCUCUGUUUCCUCCCACUUAUCUUGGAGCUAGAACGAGUCCAGAAUGAGGAACAAGAAGCAGUUCAGCAACGAACAAUGAUGCUUGGGCCUAAAGCAGCCGGAGGUGGCUCUGGACUAGCCGGAUUUACGGCUUCAGUCCCUCAUCUUACUCACAUGGAAUCUCAGUAG